AAAUUAAGAAUUAGUGUUUUAUUAAAUUUUUUUUCAAGAUAAACUCUUCAGACAGGAUUUAAUAAUACUGAUUAGGUUAUAGGCUGAUUGCCUUCCAAGGCGAUAAACUUGGGCGUUCCUAAAUCACUUUAGUGUCUGUAUAAUUGAAUUUGUUUCUCCUGAGAGUGGAGCUGUGAGAUGAGGAGGCCUGAAACCAAAGAGGCGGGGCCGAAGGAGGGGGUGUGGCUUCCUGCUUCCUGGGACGGGUAAGCAGCGAGGAAGCUGGAAUUCUGCUCCUGGAGCUCAGAGUAAAGCUCCCCGCGCCGUGCUAGGGCUCCUAACUUGCUUCUGAGUUCUAUCUAAGCAGGUGGGCCUCUUGCACUCUGUGAGGCCCCAACGACUGUAGUCUAAAGGAGGUGAGGGUUCCAUCUGUUUUGUGGAAAUUUCUCUCAGUAAACUAAUGCAUGGCAGUGAUUCCAGAUUCGUCUGUAAUCAAUAUAAUGGAAAAUUCUAAGACUUCUGACUCUUUUCAACAUGAACUGGAGGAUUAUAUUAGAAAGCAAAAAGCCAGAGGAUUGCAACCAACGCUUUGCUUUACAAAGGUGAGGGAGGACUCCGCGUGCCAAGAAAGGGGCCCCACUGAGCCUCGGGGGCCAGAGCAGCAGGGACUCCCUUUCUGGAGGCCCCACGUGUUCCCCGCUUCCUUGGAAAGACUGAGGUCCGUGGAAACCCGGGUACCUCCCUGGCCUAAAGUUUCUCGUGCCCCACGAAGACUGGAAUCUGUAAGCCACACUCAAAAUAAUCAGGACCAUUUCUUCAAACACCGCUGGCUUCCAAGCCCAUCUGGGCAGGGAGAGAACACAGGCGUCCACGGAGCGCACAGCAGGGAAGGUUCCUGUUGCCUCUUCUGGGAGCCCCGAGGCAGCGCCCAGCAGGCGGGCCGUGGGGACGGAGGCCUGAGGAGGAGGCACGGGGACGUGGGAGGAUGGAGAGCGGCCGGGGAGGAGCAAGCAGAGCCCAAGAGGAAGCACCGCUCGAAGGGAGACUCACACAAAGGGAACAGGGGCAGGAGAAAGGCCGAGGGGGCGCCAGGCAGUGCAGAGAGGCCCAGACGCAGCAAGAAGAAUCACCAGGGUGGGGAUGCCGCAAAAGAGGCGAGAAGGUCGGGGAGAGAGAAGAAGGGGCCAGGCAGGGAAGGCCCAGAGGAGAGGGACCUGUGGGAUGAAGCCAUCCUCGGCAGUUGUUACUGAUGACUGGGGACUGGGGGCCCCGGUAUUAAAUCAUUUGAAUCCACUGGAAAGGAUGGAUUAGAUAACACUGAAGCAGUUAAAUGGCCACCCACUUGGAAGAAAAUAAAAUCUAAUCGUCACCUCACACUCUAUUCAAAUAUUAAAACCCAGAUGGUUUACAGAUAUAUGUGUAAAAACUAAAAUAUAAAAAUAUUCAAAGAAAAUAUGGGAAAAGUAUUUUUAAUCUUGAAGUAUGGAUGGCCUUCCUAAAUAAGACACAAGCCAGAAACCAUCAAAGAAAAAUUAAUAGAUGUAACUGCCGAGAUAUUUUAAAUUUGUGUAAAGUAGAAUAUUUUGUUGUAAAAUUUGUAAAAUGGAAAUUUUAAAAAUAAAGCAUUGUAUGUGUGCAUCGAACAGCUCUGAAAGAUACACAAUACACUGAUAACUGUGGGUUCUGGGAUCAGAGAACUGAGUGGGUGGGGAACGGGUUGCAGUUGACUAACCUUUUUUGUUGUUGUUGUUGUUGUUGUUGAGAUGGCGUUUUGCUCUGUCGCCCAGGCUGGAGUGCAAUGGUACGAUCUCAGCUCACUGCAACGCCCGCCUCCCGGGUUCAAGUGAUUCUCCUGCCUCAGUCUCCUGAGUAGCUGGGAUUACAGGUGCAUGCCACCAUGACCGGCUAAUUUUUGUAUUUUUAGUAGAGACGGGGUUUCACCAUGUUGAUCAGGAUGGUCUCAAACUCCUGACCUCGGGAUCCGCCCACCUUGGCCUCCCAGAAUGCUGGGAUUACAGGUGUGAGCCACUGCGCCUGGCCUUCUAAUAAAUACUUUUAAAGACAAGCAACAAGUUGGGGAAAUUUUUAUUUGCCUCACUGUGAAUAUCCCUGUGCAAGUUAUGGAAUUAUUGCCUCUGAGCUCCAAGCAGUCUUUUUGCUCUGCAAAACAGGACCUUAAAGGACUCCUAUGGUUUGCCAGCUGGCUUGAUGCUAGUCUCUGCCAUUAGAGGGCGCUGGAGGGUCAUUGUGAAGUGGCAGG